GUUUUUAACAAGGAACGGAAGAUUCUGUAUCUCUCUGAAGGAGUUGGUGUAUUUUAAAUCAAUUUAUACGUUUGUACGAGUUAUUUUUUAAUUUAUUUAAAAGGUCAUUUUUAUUUUUUUUUAUUCCUAGUCGUCGAUAGAAAGGGGUUUGGAAAUGUUCGUGUCUGAUAUUCGGAAGGAGUUCUACGAUGUUGUUGUGAAUCAGCGAACCGCGCUGGGCAUGAGUUACAGAAAAUGACCUGCGUGCUCUUUUUCCUUUCAGGCUCUGUUCCACUGUGACCAUGUUCAGUACACGCUGGUGCCAGUCAGGGGCUGGCAGGACCUGGAGACAGCCUUUCUGGAGCACAAGGAGCAGUUCCGUUACUUUGUGCUGAUUAACUGCGGCGCCAACGCUGACCUGCUGGAGACCCUGCAGCCGGAAGAGGAGACCGUGUUCUUCAUCUGCGACACGCACAGGCCAGUGGACGUGAUCAACGUCUACAACGACACGCAGAUCAAGUUGCUCAUUAGGCAGGACGACGACCUGGGCAUCCCUGCCUACGAUGACAUCUUCAGAGACGAGGAUGAGGACGAGCAAGACUCCGGGAAUGAGAGCGACGAAGGCUCCGAACCCUCUGGGAAGCGCAGGCGUUUCGAGGAGGGAGCUCUGGAGAGGAGGAUAGAGAGGCAGAGGGAGAGGAGGGAGUGGGAAGCUCGCAGGCGAGAGAUCUUGUUUGACUACGAGCAGUACGAGUACCAUGGAACAUCAUCUGCGAUGGUGAUGUUUGAGCUUGCCUGGGUCAUGUCCAAGGACACCAAAGACAUGCUCUGGUGGUCGGUUGUGGGGCUGACGGACCAGUGGGUGCACGACAGAAUACCCCACAUGAAGUACGUGACCGAUGUGGCGACGCUGCAGCGGCACGUGUCCCGGCACAACCAUCGCAACGAGGACGAGGAGAACUCCCUCUCCAUCGACUGCAUGCGAAUCUCUUUCGAAUACGACCUGCGCCUGGCCCUGUACCAGCACUGGUCUCUGUACGAGAGCAUCUGCAACUCCUGCUACACCUCCUCCAGCUUCAAGCUGUGGUCGAUCCACGGGCAGAAGAAGCUGCAGGAGUUCCUGGCGGAUAUGGGCCUUCCCCUCAAGCAAGUGCGGCAGAAGUUUAACUCCAUGGAUGUCUCCAUCAAGGAGAACCUCCGCGAGGUCAUCGAAGAAUCUUCAAAUAAAUACGGCAUGAAGGAUAUCCGGAUACAGACCUUCGGAGUCCACUUUGGCUUUAAAAACAAAUUCCUGGCCGGCGACGUGGUCCACGCCGCUUCUGCGCUGCUGGAGAACGUGGAGAGGGACGAGAAGGGCACGGACAACUUCAUCAAGGCCUUGGACUGCCUGUCCAGGAGCAACAUCGAGCAGCUGCACCAGGGGAUCGACCUGGGGAAGAAGAAGCUCAUGGCGGUGCAGCAGACGGUGGCCAGCUGUAUCUGCACCAACCUCAUCAUCUCGCAGGGGCCCUUCCUCUACUGCUACCUCAUGGAGGGGACCCCAGACGUGAAGCUCUUCUCCAAGCCCCUGUCUCUGACUCUGCUCAGCAAGUACCUGCUGAAGGCCUUCGUCCGCUCGACGAGGAAUAAGCGCUGUAAGCUCCUGCCGCUGAUCAUGGCCGCCCCGCUGGACACGGAGAAGGGCACCGUGAUCGUCGUGGGCAUCCCGCCAGAUUCGGAGUCCUCGGACAAGAAGAACUUCUUCGGCAGGGCGUUCGAGAAGGCCGCGGAGAGCACCGGCUCCAGGACUCUGCACGACCACUUCGACACGUCUGUUAUCGAGCUCAAGACCGAAGACAGAAGCAAGUUCCUGGAUGCGCUGAUCACACUCCUGUCGUGAAGGAUUCAAAUCUGGGGGAAGAUCUUGUACAGUCGGGUGCCAGUUUUGUAUGUACAUUGUAGACUUGAUUUUUAUGUUUUGUUUGUGUAACCCAUUGUAAAUACUGUGUACGUGUAGCAUAUUGGAGAAUAAAAUAUGUUAAGCUUUUAA